AAAAAACGCCGUAAAGGCGGUUUUCUCAAACAAAGAUGGCGUCCAGGCGAACGUCAACUGUCCCCAGAAGUUUUAAAAGCUCUUCUGCAGAUAAUAAAAGUUCUAAGAGCGGAAAUGUUACAAGUAAGGCUAACAACAGCGGCAAUGAAAACAAGGUUGUUAAAUCAAGUGGGACAGUUGUGAAAUCACGUUAUCUUCAAUCCGCUGAGAAAACUGCUCUUUCAAAGAGCAAUUCAUCUAACAAUGAGUCUAUGGUGCCUUCUCAAAGACCCGCUUCACCUAAGCCCAGAUCAAAAGUGGGCACACCCCCAAGGCGAUCAGUUGCCCCCCAGGCUCUUGCAACCUCAAUCAUGGCAAAAGAAAAUGAACCUUCCAUUCUUGAAAAAUAUGUGAUGCAGUCAACUUUUUCAGAUGGACAUUGCUUACGUCCAGAUUUUGAUAUUUCAGUAAUUAAAGAAAUAAAUCCUUCAGAGAAUUUCACAGAACCUGAACGGAACCCUGUUCCAGAGAAUGACAAAAGGAUAAUAGAGAUGCAAACAUUGUUGCUGGCCUAUCUAACUGCUAAGAUGGAGAGCAAUACAGCAAAGCUUCAGGUAGAGGCAGAAACCAGGAUCCUCCAAGAGCUGGAAGAAGAAGAGGCUCUGCGUAUUGAAGUUUUGGAUAAGAAACGUCAGUAUGACUUAAAAGAGAAGAACCGACUUCUAAACGAGCUGUUAGAUGUGCAGAUUGCAUCAUUGACCCCUAUAGCAGAGGCUGCCACUCAAUUCACUGAAGAAUACAAGUCCUUUGCGGCUGCUGUUGAUUCCACACGUCAUGAGUUGCCUGUUAAGAAUUUCUACAUGAACAGAGAGCGGAGAGAUUUUCUAGACAAAGCAGAAUCCUCCCUAAAAGAGAGUGAGAAGUUGUUUGAAGAGUGCACAGAUGGGCAUACACAGGACAACUGUACAUCUCUACAGUUUCUUAAAAGCAUGAAAACCACUUCAAAGGAUAUUGGUCAACAACUUACAGGAGCAUUUUCGGAGUUGCUGGAGUUGUCGUCUCUGAUCUGCCAACAAACCAUCCAUCUUCAACAGGCCGCAGAAGAAGAGCAACUAGGAGCUGCUCGGACACAUAAGCUCUUCUGUCUUAAAUGAGUGGAUGCACUUAAACACUUUGGAUUUACCAGGCUUUUAUAGAUUUUUGGAAUAAAAUUUUACUCUUGAAACG